AUUGCCGAUGGACUUGCCACGCCAUUUGUUGGACACGAGGCAGAUCGCACGGAUGACUUGGCCGUCUGUACUCGUUACGGCCGUAAAAAGACAUGGCACUUGUUAGGCACAAUAUGCGUUCUAAGUGCUUUCCCCUUCAUCUUCCUUGGUUGCCUUGGCUGCGAGUACGCCAGCGACUGGGCCCAGGUGAUAUACUACUCCCCCUUCGUCAUCAUCUUCCAGUUUGGCUGGGCGUCAUCACAAAUCAGCCAUCUGUCACUCAUUCCUUCCCUCACUCAGGAUCCGCACGACCGCACGGAGCUGAACGCUCUCAGAUAUGCAUUUACAGUGAUGUCAAAUAUUGCUGUUUAUCUCAUCACCUGGUUAGUUCUGGGUUUAGAAUCAACAAAUCCUGACGCUGGACUUGGACCAGAGGAUACUGGAAAAUUUAGGGUGAUCGUCUUUACAGUCCUGGCCAUUGGAACCCUGUUCGCGACGAUAUUCCACGUUCUUGUGAAAGAAGAAAAUAUCCCUCCGUACGUGGAGAUGCCAGACGAGGCACCUCCUGCCCAAAAAGAUGAGGACGAAGGUGAUGACGAUGUAACCGAUUGUUCAUUACCAUCGUCAACCUUGCCUGAGGUUGCAGUUCGCAAUAAGCCUCGCGUCAUGAUGACUGCAACGGACUGGCUGAAGACUGGGCAGUUUUAUCAGGUAGCACUGCUCUACAUGGGCACAAGAUUGUUUUGCAACCUCACCCAAGCGUAUGUGCCGAUAUAUCUUCAGGACACCUUGAAAUUACCCCAAACAGCAGUCGCCUACAUACCCCUCGUCAUGUACGUGUCAGGAUUCUUGACAACCACCUUUUUGAAGUGCCUCAAUAAAUGCAUGGGAAGAAAGAUUUCAUUUUUAAUGGGCUGCAUCUUUGGAGGUUCUGCGUGCGUCUGCGUGUGGUUCGGGACUGGUGAAGCCUACUGCCAUUAUUGGUUGUAUGCUGUUACAGCGUUAAUGGGUUCAGGAGCCUCCAUAAUGCUUGUGACAUCCCUUAGCAUAACAGCUGACCUGAUUGGGCCUUGUGUGGAGAGUGGGGCUUUCGUAUACGGUGCCAUGAGCUUCACUGAUAAGGUGUCGAAUGGCAUUGCAGUUAUGAUAAUUCAACAUUUUAACCCAUGCUCAAAUUCACCGUUUGGUAACUGUUGCCCGAAAUGCGCAGGUUACUUCCGUGACGUUUUGUUCUACUACUGUGGUGGUGCAGCUGUGCUGUGUAUUAUUGCCCUACUUACAUUACUACCGUUUAAGAUCGGUAAUCUUCAUACAAUAGACGAGAGCAGCAUUGGAAAUUCUGGUGACGCAGGUCAAAUUGUGGUAGUCCCAGGACGAUCAGACGAUGACAUUUCACCUGUGAAUAGUACAAUUGGCAGUGAGAAUCAAACGUCUCCACAAGUUCAAACAGUACCUGCUGAUUAUCAUGCGGACAUAAGGGCACGUGUGGUUUCUUUGUCUUCCAGCGAUGGUAAUAACGAAAGCAAUGCUUGACGGAACUGAUGAUAUUAAAUAUAAUUGAUGACUUGUAAGUGGUUUUUCCAUGAUUGAGUUUGUAUUUAAAGUUGAUAUAAAAAAAAAGUGUUAGCGUCGUACAAUUUUGAACGCAUUCUUGAUUUUGUAGCACAUGUUUAUAAAAUAUAAAGUAAUUUUUUGUAUGGUUUGUAAGAAAAUUGUUACUGUAAUUUUAUGGCUGAAUU